ACCUACUUCGACCCGACCACACGACAGGCAAGCAAACACAGCCUCGUGCGCACCGGCUCGUCUAGUUCGAUUUCCACCUGAUCUCGCCAUCCGUCCGCACGACCCUCGCUGUCGACUCCUCGGCCGCCAUGACGACCCCCGCCACCCUCUCCCUCUCCGACGACGAAAUCGACGAGAUCCUCUACUGCGCGCGCGCAAACGAGACCGCCGACCUGGACGCCUACCUGCACGAGCUCAGCAGCAGCAAUGGUAGCCACGCCAGCGCAUCGCGCGCGGACCUGCUGGCCGCGGCCGUGGACCCCGAGUCCGGCAACAGCGCGCUGCACUAUGCGGCUGCGAACGGGCAUACUGACAUCCUCGCGCUCAUCAAAGACGCGCUGACCACCACCACGGACCCCAAAAGCGCGCCCCACGCCGCGUUCAUCAACCAGCGCAACGCAGCCGGCAACACGGCGCUGCACUGGGCGUGCCUGAACGGGCACCUGGCCGCAUGCAAGCAGCUCGUGGCGCUGGGCGCCGACGCCGCCGUCCUCAACGCCGCGGGGCACGACGCGGUGUUCGAGGCGGAGCAGAACGGCAAGGACGACGUCGUUGCGUGGCUGCUUGUUGAGGGCGGGGCGCUGGACACGGUCGUGGGCGCGCUGAGGGGGGAGGAGGGGGCGGGUGAGAGUGCGGGUGCUAGUGGUACUGCUGGUGCUGGUGCUGAUGCCGAUGACGAUGACGCCGAGGGCGAGGACGUCGAGAUGAAGUUUUCGGUGGGCGAUACCUCGGGGCCGGCGGUGGAGAGUGGCGUUGAGGCGUUGAGUCUGGGCGACGAUGCUGUUGCGGCGCAGGGCACGGGCACGGGCAAGGGCAAGGAGAGGGCUGCGAUGAGCGGAUGA